UUUAUAUAGCACUCUUCCUGGUGCAAAGAAGCUUUGUAUUCCCAUAACCUCCACCUUGUUUCAUUGGAAUGCAAGAGGUUUUGUCUAUCUGCUUGAGGGAUACGUUGUAUGUGGCAACUGAACAACCCCCCCUCAAAAUGAAAAUACAACAAUCAACUAUUAAUAACUUUAUCUCGCAUUCAGAGUCUGAAAAUGAUUUCACUCCCGGAGGUGAAAAUUUGGUAAAUGACAAGAGGCUUGAAAAUGAAGAAAACCCUGUAAAAGAACAAAUUACUGUAAAUGACUCGAAAAGCAGUAUAAGUGAAGAAUUGAAUUGUACUCCAAGAGUAAGCAAUUAUGAACAUAUGAUCAUAGAAAAAGAAAUCAUUAUUUCAGACGAUGAGGUCGAGCUUGUUGAAACGUCACAGGCUGAGAGAAAUGAGGAAUAUGCAUCCUUACAGUCGAUAUUGUCAGAUAUUUCUGCAAAGGAAAUUGACAAGGAGUCUAGAUCAUUCAUAAAUGUUCAUCGUAGCCAAAUAUGGGUCGACUCUUGUCGUCAUUUAAACAAGAAGAAAAAAUUCAAAUCAAUCAAAUUCAAUCCAAAAUUCAAUCCAAAAGCUGCUGUGUCAAUUAAAUUUGCUGAUAGCCAUGGAGGCAAUGAGGGUGCUGUAGAUGCAGGAGGACCGUGCAGAGAAUACUUUAGGCUAUUGCUCCGCGCUGUGAAUCUUGAAGCUGGGAUAUUUUGUGGUCCUGAGGACAAUCGCGUUCUUUUCAAAAAUGCCACGGGUGAGAACAGGGAAUUGAUCAAGCGAAGUUAUGAUUUCAUUAGUGAUGCCAGUAGUGUUGAUGACAUCAACAAAAUACUUGAAGACAACGUUUUAAAGAACAUGUUAGAAGCCCAAGGAGCUCUUCCUUUUGUGUCAGAUGUAAAUGAGAAAACCCAAAUCUGUACGUUGUUGGUCCAACAUGCUCUAUUGGAUUCUGUGCAGUUUCUUCUCAAUGAGCUUAAAGAAGGACUUGAAACAUUUGGCGUUUUGGAAUCGAUUCAACGAUAUCCUGAAAAAUUUAGAGAAGUAUUUUUCAUGGGCGAAAUGAGUAAAUUAGAUGUGCAACUGGUUGAUCUUCUGUUCAUUCCUAAUUACGACAAAGAAGGAUCAAAUAUUCGAUUUUCACAAGAAGAGGCUGUUGUAUAUUUUCGAGAUUACUUACAGGAUUGCAUGGAUGGGGACGCCGAGGCAAGCCUGACUCAAGUAUUUAUUUUUGCAACUGGGGCAUACUGCCCACCUCCUCUUGGAUUCGACAAUGAGUCUUCCCUUGAAUUCACAGAAGGAAAAUUUCGAAAGCAAAUACAUGUGUUCCAGUUCUUUAUUUACCGUUAG